UAACAUAGACUUUACAUGUGUAUUUUAUAACAAAUAAAUGAAUAAAUGAAAUGAAAAUUAACAACGCUUAACACUUUCACUGAAAACAAUAGCGCGUCACGUGACCGGCGCGGUUACGAGGCGCGUUGCAUAGAUACAACGCGGCGUUUUAAAACGACCAACUGUUCGGCACGGAAUCAUGUGAUUUUCUGAAUGAAAAAAAAUAUCAAUACCCGUAUACAACACCUCGUCUAAACUUCUAAUCGGAUAACACUUACAAACAGUACAAUUGGAUAUUUUAUCAAAAACGACAACGGAAAAUGGCUACUGUUCAAGGUCUUGUCGUAAGGGCUGUGUAUGAAGACAAUUUAUCAAGAACGUAAACAGUUAUGACCAAGGUUCAAGUUUCCAAACGGCAACAGCAACGGGGACGCCGCCAUAAUUCCGAAUUUGAGCGUAUCCGAGAAUCCGGCAGGAGAUCCAGGUCACUAGAAAGGUCAAAGUCGAUGUAUGCGUCGUCACCAACAAGAGAACGAUUACUUCAAUUAUCACAACCAAAAGAACCUAAAACAGAAUGGUACACAAGUGUUGGGCCACAUCUACGAUGGGGAACCCAAGAAAUGAUAUGGCCUAUAAAGAAAGAAACUUUAGAAAGAGGUUCAACGGAGCGUCUAGAUCUUUUAGCACUACCCAAAGUCAAUUUUAUGAAAGGAGAUAAAGUUAACAGAUCACAGUUCUUCUACAGUUGUGGAAGAUCUUCAGUUAUUUGGAGAGUACAGAAUGAAGGAAAGGAAAGUGGCGCCUCAGGAAGGUUGGAAGUCCUGGCUGAACCAAAACGAACACACAAAGAGUUCAAGGACGACCGAGGGAAAACUUAUGCGGAGAAGGUUACCUUUCCUAACAUACCAUUAUUCAAGUAUAGCUGCGGCAGACCGAGUCCGAUUCUCGGAGUCGACCCAAAGGCGGCCUCUGCUGGGGAAAGGCCUUAUGUUAACCAGUUGGCAAAACACAAAACCCCCCAUAAAGAUUUCAAACCUGAGAGACCAAUACAAACACCGAUCUCUCAUGCAGCGAUGAAAGCAGAGGCUUCGGAACGUAUCAUGUCUUUAUCUACUCCGAAACCAAGAGAUGAUGGUCCAUUUAGAGAACCAAAAUGGGGGGUUUCAACUAGUGCUAAAAACGCCACAGCUACUUCCCGAUGUUUAGAACUGGCUCGCCCUAAAGGUGCAGUCGACGAAUAUAAACUACCACGUGACGAACAAUGGCAAGUUACACGUGCAGCGAAACGAGCAGCUUCAUCCAGUAGAAUAGAAGAACUAUCUAAACCGAUUGUCCGAGCAACGAUGGACCAUGUACAGUUUAACCCAGACGCCUUCUUAGUGAAACCAUUAGCCCUUAAAGGAUCAUUCCCGGAUAGGAUUCAACAGCUCUCGCGACCCAUCGAACGUUAAACGAAUUUAAAUAUAUAUACAUGUAAAGGACCGAUCCAUUACAAAAUGUUUUAUUUUCUUUGCAACAAAUAAAUUUCACUAUUAAAAGUUUGGAUUUGUUAAAGUGUUUGCAGCCAGCAAGUGACUUUAUUAACCUUAAACGGUGCAAUAUUAGAGUGGCUAAGCCAUGUUAGAGAUAAAUUAACUCCCUUACAUGUUGAUAAAUAAAAAAAUAAAACAAAUCCGAGUAGACUAUCAAACACAAAGUCGCUGCCUAAAAUAAAUGGAAAGAAAUAGAGAAAAUGCACCAAUUUUACAAUUGUGUUCCGAAUUGUAAGACAGAUGUUUUAUAUAGGGAAAAAAGCAUAAAAAGAUAACAUCUAAAGUGAAUAAUAGUUUUUCAGUGUGUGACAAUAUUUAAAUAUUGAUCAGUACAAUACAAGUGUCAGUUUUAUAAGCAAAAAAAAUCAACCAUUAUAGUUCUUACUUAUUUAUUACCCUUGGAGAGUUUAAUUAUAAUUAUAUCAAUAAUUUUUUUUUUAUACAAGAUGCAUUUGUAAUAUUUUUUGCUUAUUUACAAAAAAAUACCAUUAAUUAAUACAAAUUAAGUACCUAAUCGUUUGUUACAAACAGUAAAUAUAUUAUACACAGAGGUAAAAGCACAACUCUAUUAUAACAUAAAUUUAUUUUUAAAAUUAUAUCUAAACGCUGUAAAAUUGUUGUUGACCUCUUUUCAUGAAAUAUUGUAUGCCUUAUUUUUUAUAAUGACAGUUUCAGGCUCUUGUAAACUGUGUGAUGAAAAAAUCACUGUACAAGAGCUUUAAACAUACAUUGUAUAAAAUUCUUGUUUGCCAUUUACUUUUUUUUAUAUUGAUACAAAACAAUAUAUAUUACUGGGGAUAUGUAUAUAUCAUGUCCCAAAUGCAACACUUCUUACAGUAUUAAAUAGGGUUAAUAAACCUAACUAGCUCAUACUG